AUGGCCAUGCCCACGGCCGCCGCGGCGCUGCUCCACCCCUCCGCCGUCGCCGCCCCGUCCCCCUCCACCUCCUCGGCGCGCCGCAGUGCCCCUUCCUCCUCCUCCCCGGCGCGGCGCGGCGGCAAUGCCUCCGCCGGGCGCGGGGCCGCGGUGCGCGCGAGGGUGGCGGGGGCAGCCGCGCCGGUGACCGAGGCGGCGGCGGCAGAGGGAUGCGGCAGGCAGGAGGCCCCCGCCGCGCCCGCCGUCGAGAUCCCCGUCACAUGCUACCAGAUCCUGGGCGUCACGGAGAAGGCCGAGAAGGACGAGAUCGUCAAGUCGGCCAUCGACCUGAGGAAAUCGGAGAUCGAAGAUGGGUACACGGAGGAGGUGUCCACCUGCAGACAGGCUCUGCUGCUGGACGUGAGAGACAAGCUUCUCUUUGAACAGGAGUACGCAGGAAGCACCAGGGCCAAGGUUCCUCCCAGAUCCUCUCUUCAUAUACCCUGGAGCUGGUUGCCUGCUGCCUUGUGUGUCUUGCAGGAGGUUGGGGAAGAGAAGCUGGUCUUGGACAUUGGUCAGGCAGCUCUACGACGCCCUGAUUCUAAGCCAUAUGCUCACGAUGUACUUCUUGCAAUGGCACUAGCUGAAUGCUCCAUUGCAAAAGCUAGCUUUGAAAAAAGUAAAGUAUCUCUUGGCUUUGAGGCUCUAGCACGUGCUCAAUAUCUUUUGAGGAAAAAAACAUCUUUAGAGAAGAUGCCUCUUCUUGAGCAGAUCGAAGAAUCACUUGAAGAGCUUGCACCAGCUUGCACUCUAGAGGUUUUAAGCCUGCCCCGUACACCUGAAAAUUCUGAACGCAGGCGUGGUGCUAUUGCAGCUCUCUGUGAAUUGCUUGGACAGGGACUUGAUGUCGAGUCAUCUUGUAGAGUUCAUGAUUGGCCUUAUUUCCUGGGCCAGGCAAUGGACAAGUUAUUAGCCACUGAAAUCGUGGAACUACUUUCUUGGGACUCUUUGGCUACAACUCGUAAAAACAAAAAAUCAUUGGAGUCCCAGAGCCAGCGGGUGGUAGUUGACUUCAACUGUUUCUACAGGGCAAUGCUUGCACACCUUGCAUCUGGAUUUUCAACCCGGCAGACUGAGUUGAUAAGUAAAGCUAAAACCAUCUGUGAAUGCCUUGUUGCAUCUGAGAACACCGACCUGAAAUUUGAGGAAUCGUUUUGCUCGUUUCUUCUUGGAGAGGAAUCUGGCACCACAGUUUUUGAAAAGCUUCAGCAGCUUCAAAGUAAUGGAAGUUCCAAUUCAAGGAAUUAUGGGUUAGCUAAAAAGAAAGACAGCAGUGACAAGGUUACUGUCAACCAGUCACUGGAACUGUGGCUGAAGGAUGUGGCACUUUCUCGUUUUGCAGAUACAAGAGAUUGUCCGCCAUCCUUGGCAAACUUCUUUGCUGCUCCUAAGCGCCUCAUUAGCACUUCCAAGCAAAAACUAGGAGCCACAAGAAGAGUCCUUUUGAGCUCUCAGACGUCUUCUAGUGCCUCCACAUCCAACAGGACUUCAGGGCAGCAGAAUCCAAGAUUAAAUUCUACCAGCCAUCUCGGGGAAGCUGUAAAGCAGCUUGCACCAACCACCCUGGGGGGCCAGGGCCAUACAUCAACGGAUAGGCCAGUAAAUGGCUUAAGUACAACAUCUGUUCCUCUGAAGCGCAAUCCCGGAUCCCAUCCUGUAAGAACCUUGGAAUCGUGGGGCCUGACUGGGGAUGUUAUAGGAAAGAUUGCGUACACUGCAGUCCUGGGGUUUGCCCUAUUUGGUACAUUAAAACUGCUCAGAUUUCAGUUCGGGAGCACAAAACCUGUCCCCUCAACUAGAGAAUCUGCAGCCACGUCUUCUCUGAAUGAAGCAUCUUCGUCAGACGGUUCUCUUAUCAGUAGCAGAGUUAGGGAACAGUUUGAGAAGCUGUCAAAAAUGCUUUGGUUGAACAACAGGCUCUAUUUGAGAAGUGAAGGAAGUGAUCUGUCUCCUGGUUCUGGUGAUGUGACUGCUAUAGCUCGCAAGGAAAGGAUGUCUCUUCAAGAAGCAGAAGCGCUUGUGAAGCAGUGGCAAGAUAUCAAAUCUGAAGCUCUUGGCCCUGACUAUGAAAUUGAUAUGCUCUCCGAUGUCCUCGAUGGUUCGAUGCUGUCCAAGUGGCAGGACUUGGCUUUAUCAGCAAAGGAUCAGUCCUGCUACUGGAGAUUUGUCCUGUUGAAUCUCUCUGUUGUUCGAGCCGAGAUCCUGCUUGAUGAGGCUGGUGAUGGUGAAGUGGCGGAAAUCGAUGCUGUGCUUGAGGAAGCUGCUGAGCUUGUUGACGACUCUCAGCCCAAGAAGCCUAGUUAUUACAGUACGUAUGAAGUUCAGUACACGCUGAGGAGGCAGGACGAUGGAUCGUGGAAAAUCUGCGAGGCUGCUGUCCGGGACCUGUCGUGAUUUCUGCCAGAAGGACGACUAACGCAUCAUCUCAUAGGACACGGGGCCAUGUUUAAACAAAGUUCCAACAUAUUAGAAUUUUGUAGUUCACUAGCAUUAGAUCACCAUUGAACCAAAUUCGAAUGCACGGAACCGUUCGAUGAUCUGUGUUUGGGAUGCUCUAGCUGCUCGUGGUGACUUGCAUCAGGAUUCGACACCGAUACCCGCUGAUUUGCUACGUUAGUACAGGAUGCUAACCUCUGCUGAUUUCACAUACCUUUCAUUUCUUUCCGCUUGUCGGGCCUUGGGUGCCCCGCGCGGUGUAACUGAAUUGUGUUAGCCAUUGUUCAUUGUUGAAAGAUCAAUGCAGCUUGCUUCAUUUU